CUGUACUUGGAUAAUUAACCUUAGAAGCUCAACUGCGCAUUAAUAACCUCUAAACUACCAAAACAUUUCAGAUCUUCCCCUUGCCUUAUCAGCGAGCCUUCGCGUAUUCCCGAAUAACGCCACUUAAUGUCCCUCUGCAUCCAUUAAUGGCAACGGCAAUGGCUGCGACUCUGCAGGUUAUGCACAGCUCUGCAUCUUUGCAUCGCCAGCAAGCCCCCUCUACCGCUCCGGUCCUCGAAUUCGCAUGCCUCUUCACGCGCGACCUUCGCAGGAAGCAGAAAAGAUGGCAUGAUGGAAGAUUAAAAUAUCAUACAUUCAACAAACGUAUCAUGGUAUACGAUGAUCACGGCAACUUUGUUGGAGAUGCACAUUGGUGCGAGGACUACGACUUGAAUGACGGCGAUGAAGUCGAGCUUGAGAGGGGAGGUGUGACUGUCCAAGUUUCCGAAUGUAUUGGGAGUCGGGAUCAAGACCUAUCCGAGCUGGUGGACAAGAGGGCCCAGGAAAAAGCCGAACGACAGGCCGCUGUCCUUGCGCGCCGACAGCUCGCGCCUGAAUCUGCCGCUAUACCACAAACUGCCACUCCUCACUUUCAGCUACGGCAUAAACCUCUCCAUCAUUUGAUCGGCACACCAACUGGACACCAUGGACGCGCACUCAUGCCUACCGAAUCCCCGUACGAAGAUAGGCUAAAAAAGAAUGUGUCGCCACAAGAUAGCACCACACACCCUGUGAAACGGAGAAAGCGAGAAGUGUCACCUCCAAGUAAGGGCGGUUACGCGCAGAGCUUAUUUGGCGCCGCGCUGACACUUUCGGGCACGCCAACAAGCACUCCACCACUACGGAGUAGACCUUUGAAGGCUUCACCUGAUCCAGGUCCUAAUAACAAGGAUUUAAAUUCUGCGCUUAUACUAGCACGCACAACGGCCACGGCCACGGCCACAGCCGUUCAAAAAGAAAGGUUAGUCCACGCACCCGGGGCUGCGCUAUCAAGCAAAAUAUCACGAGUACCGGAAGCUCUAGUACAGGAUAUGAAUGAUCUCCAAUCAUCACCACUUCCUAUAAAAAGUGUUACCGGUCCCCAUCAGCAACAUGGCUUUACUCAUAGCAUUGAGCGACGACUAGGAUUGAAGCGAAAGGGGGAGACUAGAAGCCUUGUCGUAGAGGACGACUCGCAGUAUCCAGUAUCUGUGAAAUUAAACACAGCAAGUUUAAGUCACGACCAAUUAAAUCAUGCGCAGCCCAAGGGUAGGUGCGACGUGCUUGAUGAUGUAAUCUCGGUAACAUCUCCAAGAAGCCAAAAAUUUGGGUAUACAUCCUUGGUAUCGAAAUCUAAGACAUCAGUUCAGAGCCAAGGCCUUUUUACGGCACCAAAACUUGGAAAUGUACCAAAAGCGAUAGGCUGCGACCAAGAACAAGCUAUGAGCGAACCUAGGACAGAGUUGCGCAUUAAGCCGAGAAAGAAGCGAGGCCUAUUGAUGAUCUCUGAAAACUUGGAGACUCGCAAUCGGUCUUCAUUGGGAAGAGUAAAGAGUCGAAUCGAUCGUCAUGAUCCGUCUACUUCACUAGCCGAUAAGACGAACAAUAGUAUUCCUAACAGGGACGGAUCUUCGGACAUUGAAAACCGUGAAGAUGACCAUCUCCGGCAACAGGAAGAGAAUGCCCUUCGUCCGAUAGGAAGUAUCCAUAAGAGCCCUUCCAGUAUAGUUAACCCCGACUCAAAUGGUCCUAGCAGCGCUGCUAGUCAUAACUGUAAUAUGGUGGAUAGUGAAGAAGUUUCGGAUAUUCGAAGUCCUAUCCUCGGAGAGAAGAGUGGACGACAUGAGAUGGCGUCUCAUUCUCGGUAUGACGAGAAAAAUGAUAGACACACAACGAUGCUUGAGCCCACACAUGAGAGAGUUGUUCUAGCUGACACAACUAUAUCUCCCAAGCGCAGAAGGCAAUCAUCUGGAGAGAAAAUAGCUCCAGCGGAGAACAAUAUAAAUCAUUCAAUGGUGGAGAGAUACGAUGGAAGGCGGGCCACACCAGACGAGGAUGAUUUACCUGGCAGUGUCCCUGCUCCUCGCCUUGUUCGUCUGGGUCGUAAGAGCAUACGUAGCAGAGAGGUUAUUGGGCUUAUUUUUGACGACGAGAACAUAAAUGACUACGGAGGACUUCCACGAAAAGUGGAUGAAGGUAAGUGUGGGAAGGGGAGCCUUACUUGUAACAUGUCCGCGAACCACAUGGAAGUACAGGCUACCAAAUCCGAGACGAGUCGCAUAGAUAUGACAAUGGCGGAUGAUAACCGAAUUGGUAUAAACAAUCAAUGCCAAGACUAUUAUCCCAUCAAAGGAAAAGAAGUUGUCGAGGCCUGCACGAUUCCUCGAUCCUCCCAUUACAAAAACACAGACGCAGUCGAUGUGGAAGCAUCUUCGAAAUUUCUACGGAAACAAGCCAGGCUUGGGAUGGUUCAAACAAGCGCGUCUUUAGACACGCAGGCUCAUGUUCUUGGGAACACUACAGCGGUCUCACGGCGGUCUUUGAGGAUAGUGGCCAACCCCGCCACCCGAGGCAAGAAGGCUGCCAAGCCUUCGGAUGCUGCCGGCCAGGUUCCGCAAUGUCCGCUGCCAUCAGAAGCAGUGGUAGUGGGGAACCCCUCGAUUUCUGCAAAACAAGGAGAUGAUAGACGGAGACCCAGGGCAGAGACUCGAACCAAAGAAGCUGCCAAUGCCUCGAUGUCUGGAUUUGCCCGAGCAAAUGGAGGUCCAUGGAGUAGAGAAGCCCAUGAUCUUUUUGGCUUCACUCGACCGCCAUGACGGAUAUACGGAUUGCUGAGUUCUAAGAGUUUCCAAGCUCGGGAUUUUAUGAGAAGGCAGUAUGGUCAACGAAUAUCAACUGGGACUACGGAAAUUCUUAUUGCGUAAGAUAAUUGCUCAUAGCAGGUCCGAUGGCGACUUGGCAGUUUAUGCCUGGGCCCCGCUACCUCCUAGUCGUAAUGACCACCGAGGACGACAAUACUUGCUGGUGUAACAAUUCCUAUACAGAAGCACCCACGAGUCUAUGAUUGCUAGGAGUUUUGCCUUAUCGUUUAGGGAACUAGCAAUGAGCGCUGCGGCGUCAAUAAAGAGAACCUAAUUCAGCUUGACCGCUGAAACAACCCACCGAUCGUGUUAUAUAUUAGGACGC